AUGAUAUCACCUGAAAUAUGGCACUUCAAAGCGCCCAAUUCACUUGUUAAAGUUGAAAAAGGGAACAUAAGCAAGGGCAACUGCUUAAAUAUCGUUCAAAAGCUUCCCUACAACCAUUUAGUGUCAGUUGUUUUACCGGACACUCUCAGAGUACCGCAAAAUUUGUUUGAUUUACUUAAAGCGGAUUGCGAAUAUUACAAAGUAUCGAAUAUUGGUCUAGAGGAGUUGGUCAACAUAAACUUUAUCAAUUCGUUUGUGGGAAAAGGUACGUUGGUAUCGUUAAGUAUAAAUAGAAGGAUUGAUUGCGAGGACUGUGCUUGUGUGACCCCCAAUGGUUUGUUACUGUUAUCAUUAACGAAGGAGAGCUACGAGACUUUGGGUUUGGAAGGAAGAGCGUCUCGUUAUACUGUCAAGCAACGUUAUAGUAAGUUGUGA